GUUAGCAUAGUGUACUUAGUGUUUAAGCAGAUGAGAGAAGGAAAAUAGGAUUGUAAAUUUACUUGCACUGUUUUGUUAGGCUAAGAAAAAUAAUGUAGAAUAUUCUUGCUAACGGCACAUCUAUGCAGUUUCCACAAUUUCAGUGCAUUCUGUAUUUAAUCUAAAAUGUCAAGGAUCUUGGACCAGAGAAUUCUGUUGUUAGUAAUUUCAUUUUCAGCAAGUGUGCAGAGUACAAAGGUACUUUCAGAAUGGAAGAAGUGUGGUGAUCCGGAAUGUGAGAAGGCAAUGAGCCGAGUUCAAGCCAUUACAGACUAUUUAGGGCCCGAUUGCCGGUAUCUUAACUUCAAAACAGGAGAAGAAAUAAUGGUAUACUCCAAACUUUCCAGGGAAAAUGAAAACCUGUGGACUGGAAGUAAAGGGAAGGAUUUUGGAUACUUCCCAAGAGAUGCUGUGAAGGUUGAGGAAACUUUUAUUGGAGAAGAAGUUGAAGUGCUCACUAAGGAAACAGAUUUCCUUUGUCUUCAUGAAGAUAAGUAUGUUUUUGAAAAUGAAGAUAGCACAUUAUAUGAUCACAACAGAGAAAGUGAAUAUUCAUUGUCUGAUGCAGAACCAAAGCUGCAUGAAAAUGAAGCCUUAAAUUAUACAAAAGACUCCAUACAAAACGAAGAAAUAAUUGAAUCAGUUUCUGAAAAUGAUUCUGAGGAAACUCGAGCUCAAGAGUCUGCAAACAAAAAGUUGGCUAGAAAAGAUGAUACUGAAGAGCCACAAAUGCAAAAUAGUCUCCCACUAGAACCCAUUCAAACUCAGUCUAGCUGGAUUUCAGGAUGGUUCACCACAGAAAGUAAAAAUGAUGAAGAGCCCUUAGAAGUUGUUACUGAGUCUUUAGAAGAAAACAAAUACCAAGGGAGAAAAAUAAUGGUAACAGAUGAAAAUGACGUACAGGAGCCAAAUGAUAAGGAGGAACAAGAACCCCCAGCACCUGGUUGGUUUCAAGGUGGACUGACGAACUUUCUGUAUUUUGGUGAAGAGAAUGAAGAUGUAGAUUUGGCAUCAGAAAAAAAUGAUCCAGAAAUCCAUGAUGUUUCUGGUGUGCCUGAGCAUUCCAAUACUGAACAAGAAACACCAGAGUUACUGUCAGAAGAGGAAAAGAGUGAAAGUCAAGAAUCCAAAUCAAAUUGGUUUAAUUUGGGUUUAAGUGAUGUUCUUAAUUUUGGCCAUGCUGAGAAAGAUACAAUUGCUAGAGAGGACCAGAAAAAUGGAGAAACAAAGGAUGAAGCAAAUAAGAAUGAGGAAGAGCAGACUUUAGACCAGAAAGAAUCACAUAUGGACAAAGAAUUAAAGGAGACAGCUAAAGCAGUGACAGAUGAAGACGAAGAGAAUUAUGCACAAGAAAUAAUAGAUUCACACAGUAACAGGCCAAAUCCUGAGGAGAUACCACCAGCAAGCGUACAUACUCUUAAUGACACCAAAAGCACCUCAAAUAGCACAGAAUCCUCUUUUGAUAUACUAACAAGUGACAAAGAGAAGCCAAUUGAACCUUAUAGUUCAGAAGAAGACUUGGUAUCUGAAAGCCAACUGUUGAAAAACACUGAAGCUGAAGAGAGAAAUCAAGAGUCAGAAAGCAGAAGUGGCCAGUCAGGUUGGUAUACAAAUAUAUAUAAUAGUUUUAUUGAUUAUAAUGUGGACACACAUGAUAAUCAACAGGGACAUGAAUCAAUUGCAUCAGAUCAGAUUUCUUCUUCUCCUAGCCUACCUCCAAAUUGUGAUCCCUCAGACAUAAAACAUACAGAAGAAAAGCCCGACAUAUCUGAAGAACAGAGCCAUUUCUUCUCUUUCAGUCAUUUUGCAGACAUACUGAAGUUUCAGAGUUCAACAGCCAAAGAAGAGCAAGUGCAGAGUUAUGGGGAACUACCAGGAACUGAAAAUAAUCAUCUGGGCAUCAAGAAGACUCCAUGUGGCAGCAAACCAAGUCUUAGUCUUAUAACAUCUGAGAAAGACAAACCAGACCAAGGUUGUAAUGCAGAACAAAAUUCAGCAUCCAAAAGCCAUUUCAAAAUGGAUAAUGAUGUAAAAGAGGAAAUUCACAAACCAGAGAAUAAAAAUGACCCACUGGGUUUUUACGAAAACAACAUCAAAGAUUUCAGUCAGGAUAUUUUUAAUGAUCAACAUAAUCAGAAACCUGGGGAGUCUCAAGAACUGACUCCAAACCAACCUUUCUCUCCUCACCCCUCAUCUAGUGGCUUUGGUUUAACAGGUACCAAAAUGUCUGAAGAAACUGGCCAUUUGGAAGACACGUGGAGUUUCAGAAUGGAAGGAGUAGGCAGAAGAAAGCUACUAGAAGAAACACCAGAGAAGAAACAUGAAAUGAAUGUAGCUGUAGAUAGUGAACUUGACAGUGACCAAGAUUCAAAAGGAACAGCCAUUGCUUCAGUAAAUUCUGAAAUAAAAAUGGACAGUUCAGUAGCUGACUCUGUAUUUGAUGUCGAAAAGCCUUUCUCAGAUGCCGUCCAGAACUAUGUUCCAAGUAAUGAAGGAGGCUGGAUAUAUCAAAUACUACUCUGUUUGAAUGCUCUGGAGAUCAGGGAGUCAAUGAAAUCUGUAUUGUCAGCACUGAUGACUAUUAUCCAAAAGGUUGUGGCUUCACUACCUGAAGAUAUGAGACCUGGCCCUGAUCUGUAUGGUUUCCCGUGGGAAAUAGUGAUUUGUGCUGGCAUUGUUGGAGUGUUUACAAUUCUUUUGUUCCUAUACAGAAGUUACCAAUCAGUUAGAAGUCGACUUUAUGUAGGAAGGGAAAAACAGCUUGCCAAUAAAAUUGCUGAACUAAUUGAUGAAAAAUGCAAAAUUCUUGAAAAACUCAGCCUUUGCAAAAAAGAGUUUGAAGAUUUAGAAUUGUCUCUGAAGGAUGGUAACGGUAUGAAAGAAUCAACAGACACAUCUUUUUUUGAGGAAAUGCAUGAAAAACUGAACAAGUCAAACUUGGAACUCAACCAGGAAAUAGAGAACUUGGAAAAAGAACUGGAAGAAGAAAAAUCUAAACAAUCAGAAAAUGACACCUUGGUGGCUGAAAUACAGGAGAGAGUGGAGUCUUUAGAGAUUGAAGAAAAAUCUAUCCAGUCACAAAUUGAUGAGGCCAAGUCCACCCUAAAAGUCUAUCAGAUUAAUACAGAGAGACUCAAGACAUCUCUUGAAGAUGCAAUAAAUGAAAACAGCCAUCUCCAGGAGAGUGAGAAACAGCUUUUACAAGAAGCUGAAGGAUGGGGUGAACGAUUUAGUGAACUCAAUGAACAAACAAAGAUGUUUGAAUCAUCUAAAGCAGAUGUAGAAGAUGUUUUGAAAAACAAAGAGAGUCAAAUCAAGUCACUGACACAAUAUAUACUGAACAUGAAAGACUGGAGUUCAGCAGUAAGAGAAGAUGGUGAUUCUGAAGACAGUCACUGGGACACAGAUACAAAGGGUGAGACAGAGAACGGAGAGCAUUUAGAUGAUGAGCAAAAACGAACUGUAAAAAAAUUGAUCUAUGCUGCAAAGUUAAAUGCUUGUUUAAAAACCAUGGAAGCAGAAAGAGAUCAAAUGUAUUCAAAACUGUCUGAUGAAAGUAAAGCUAAAGAAGAACUUACAGAACGCAUAGAAAACCUUCAAAGUCAACAAGCUUCCUUGCAGUCUGAAAAUGAACGUUUUGAAAGUGAAGUUCAAAAGCUUCAGCAGAAACUUAAAGUAAUGACUGAGCUUUAUCAAGAAAAUGAAAUGAAACUACACAGGAAGCUGACAGUAGAAGAGAGGGAGCGUUUACAGAAGGAAGAAAAGCUUUCUAAAGUAGAUGAAAAAAUUAGUCAUGCUGCUGAAGAACUAAACAGCUACAGAGAGCGAGCAAAGGAUCUUGAAGAAGAGCUAGAAAGAACCAUUCGCUCUUACGAGAAUCAGAUUACUUCACAUGAGAAAAAAGCUCAUGAUAAUUGGCUGACAGCCCGAGCAGCUGAAAGACAUCUUAAUGAUAUAAAAAAAGAAAAUGCACAUAGCAGACAAAAAUUAACUGAAGCAGAAUUUAAACUUGAACUUUUAGAAAAAGAUCCUUAUGCUCUUGAUGUUCCAGUUAGACCAUUUGUCAGAGAGCAUUCCCCAUAUGGACCCUCACCAAUGGGCCGGCCUUCAUCUGAAACAAGAGCUUUUCUUUCCCCUCCAACUUUAUUGGAGGGUCCUUUAAGGCUUUCACCUAUGCUUCCAGGUGGAGGAGGAGGAAGAGGAUCCAGAGGACCAUCUGCCAUGUAUGAACCUGGUAGCGAAAGAGGAGAGCUGAGUUCUGAUAGAUUAACUGAUCCCCACAGACCACCAUCAGAUACUGGAUCCCUGUCUCCUCCUUGGGAGAGAGAACGCAGGAUAAUUCUGCCUCCACCAGGUGAGCCUUAUGCUGACCCAGUUCUUCCGCCUCGAAGACAAGAAAGAUUUUUCCCUAAUCCUCCAAAUACUGGAAGACUUUCAGGACCAGCAGAACUACGAACCUACAAUAUGCAGUCUUUUGAUAAAACAGAUGGACAAACAUCUUCAGAACACAGUCCACGAACAGAACCAAGUGGAGAUGGGAUGAAGGAUCAUUCUAACCUUAGUAACUCACUCCCUGAUCAGUCGCUGGUACCUGAAAGCGAAGCUGUCAGUUCAGGGUUUGUGCCCCCACCUUUCCCUCCAGUCAGACCUCCACUGAUGCCUGUGGAUCCUAGAGCACCACCAGUACCUUUCAUGAGACGAGGACCUCCUUUUCCUCCCCCUCCUCCUGCUGGCAUGUAUGGACCACGGGACUGUUUUCCAGUACGAGACUUUGGGCUUCCGCGCCCUCCGCUGCCAAUAAGAAAUCCAUUUCCAAUGAGACCUUAUCCUCACUAUCCACCUCAACGACCUGGAUUUUUGCCUCCACCACCUCCUCCUGAAAAUAGAGUUGAACCACCUCAGUCAAAUCCAUCAGCUGUAGACCAACCAGAACCACACCAGGAGACUUGAUGGCCAUUUGGGGAAUGUGCUGAACCCUUCCUGUGCUCUCCUAAUGCAUCUCUUCAGUAUGUUGGUAAAUGACUGUGCUUACCAAAUCUGGAAGAUCUGGGAGAGUGCUUGAACAACAAGCAGUGCAGCUCUCACACUUGGCGGCAGUUUGGACUAUCAUAAGAUGAAGUUCAGGAGCUUGAAUGAAGUCCGUGCUUGGCAUGCACACAUGGAACAGCCACUCUGACAAGUCUCACAGCACAGUCAGCCACUGCAGGGCACAGCAGCUCUUCAACAGCUGACCAGACAUCUGCAGUUUUCAUUCAGGAUGCACAGCUGCGUACUCUGAGUACGGAUAAAACGUCAAACUGAAGCAUUGCAGGUAUUCAUAAUCUAUUUAAUAGUGGGACACCAAAGAAGUACUACACAUUUGUCUUGAGCACAUUAGAUUUUGAUUUAAGCAAUUGCAAUGGAUGCAGUAAUUUCCCAAAAAUAGUCUUCUAUAUUCUACAAUCCACAGUUUACUGUAUCAGUCUAAUAGGUCAUAUAAUGAUAUACUGUUUGUGCUAACUGGUCCGAUCUUUAGCAAAGCAUCCUUCCCCUUCCGCCACCACCCCAAAAUUGUUGACAAAAUUCAGCCAAAUUAAAAAAAAAAUUACUGCAUGACUUAUUUUAAAUUUUUCUGCUGACCUAAACACAAUGGGAGCUAUCAGUUACACACAGCUUAUGAAUGAUGUUGCGUUUUAAUUCUAAAAAUCUUCAUGCUGACAACAAUAAAAUAUUUUAUACAGCGAUCAAUUUUUAAUGCUUUAUUCAUUGAUUAAAAGAAUAUAACAUUUAACAUAAACCAUACAACAUCAGUCAUCAAUUCAAACAUUCAGCUGGUUUCCUUACAUUUUCUGUCAGGAGUUUUUUUUUUAUCUGAUCACAUUUAUAAGAUAAAAUCUCACCACAUCUGGCAUAUACACACACUGUGCCAGUGGAUUCACUCUACUGAUGUACAUAUAAAAUCCGCAUGGUAUGUGCUCACUGGAGACAAAACAGCGCACACCUGUCAAAAGGUCAUUUUAAUAUAAGAUGGUAAAACCAUUUGUAAAACACAUAUAAACUUUUUCCAUAAAUAGAAUCAUAUCUGGACAUCUGUUGCAUAAAUUGUGUUUUCCAAAGCUUACAAUAUAGCAGCCAGGUCUCAGCACUGCUGGGCACCCACGUUGGCCACUUACUUUAUUAUUGCAGACUGUCCUUUAAACAUUAAAUGCACAACAUUCGUACCACUUAAAACUGGGGUCAGGUGGAAGUCUCACAGAGACCACGUCUGUACCGCGGUUGCCCUGAAACAGUUAAAUCGGCUUCUAAAGCCUCUCAGAUAUAACAAGAUUUUAAAACAUACUUCAUGGAAUGUUCUUCAUGCAUCAUAGCAGCUCAUACCUGUGAUAGAACAAGCUUUGUAUUUAUUUCCUUUCCUUCCUUUACAUUCACUAUUCACAGUGAAACAGGUGCAUGUUUGUUAAGAGUUCUGAGGUUGCUGACUGAGCCACAGCACAGCUGUGUACCACAGGUCGAAAUUCGACCUUAUAUAUUACAAUCUAGCAGUAUCUGGCUGGCCAAAAAGUUGGCCUGCCCCUGCCAGCAUGUGGGCACUUCUUCGUUUUUAAUCUAUUCUUUGGCAGCUGACACAGGCGCUGACAGAGAAAAUCCAGUGACUUGGUUGUUAGGGAUUUCACGACUAAUGUUUGUUUGCAGGUGUAGACCUUUGUAUUGAAGUCUUCACUGUUAUGUGUUUACCUCAUCAGAGUGCACAUUCUUGCUUUUUCCUUUUAAACUUUGGCCCAAAGCUAACUUUUAAGGAAGAUGACAGAACAUGAGAAGAAACAAGGAGGAGUUUGCAAAGAAUCCAAAAGACUACACUUAUGUAAGUGCAGGUACCUGAACGCUAGUGUUUCACACCGCCGCUUAACAGCUAAGGAAAGCCGAGAAUGGAGUUAAGUCAUGCUUCAGAAUCCGCACGUGAAAUAAAGCAAGGUAAGAGUCUUAGAGUGAACAGCCCUGGAGAGACUUCUCGUCCUUUAAGCCUAUUAAGUAGCAUGCUACUGGAUUAAGCACACAAUGACAGCAUAGAAAUCCACUGGACUAUGAAUAUGGGUAUUAAAAACAGUUGGCUCCCGAGCACAGGACUCCAAUAGCAAAAUAAUUCAAAAUGCAGUUACUCAAGUAAAGUAAAGUUAGCCGGCAACCUCAGACAGCCUUUGGCUGUAUCUCUUAAGGUUUGGUAGACAAGUCCAUUAACCGUGAAAACCCUAAACACUGCCACUUUCAGCUUCUAAACCAAUACCCGACUACGUUCUUUGAUCAAGAAGUAGAAUACACAUAUAUAAUUCUAUAUAGCUAAUACUGAUUAAACACAGCACAAAAGGGGUUAAUUCACACUACCAAAAAAAC